GGCCGGCGCUCACGUGACCCACAGCCCCACUCCCUCCGCGCUCCGCCAUGGCUGCGGCGGCCGCUGUCUGCUCGUUGCUCCUCUGCUUGCUCGGCCUGGCGCUGCCCAGCAGCGCCCUGCACACCAAGGGCUCCGUGCCCCUCGACACCAUCACCUUCUACAAGGUGAUCCCAAAGCACAAGUUCGUCCUGGUGAAGUUCGAUACUCAAUACCCUUAUGGCGAGAAACAAGAUGAGUUCAAAAAGCUGGCGGAGAGCUCGGGGUCCAGCGAGGAGCUGCUGGUGGCUGAGGUGGGAAUAUCAGAUUAUGGCGAUAAACUGAACACCGAGCUGGGAGAAAAGUACAAGCUGGACAAGGAGAAAUACCCUAUCUUCUAUUUGUUCCAGGAUGGUGACUUUGAUAAUCCCUUACCUUACUCUGGUCACAUUAAAGCCGGGGCUAUUCAGCGCUGGCUGAAGAGUAACGGCAUCUACCUGGGGAUGCCGGGCUGUCUGAAGGAGUACGAUGUGUUGGCCAGCAAGUUUAUGGGUGUCAAUGACAAAUCAGAACGUCAGGCACUGCUGAAGAAGGGACAACAGAGCUUAGAGAGAGCAAAGGAAACCGAGAAGAAAUCGGCUGAGCAAUACUUGAAAAUUAUGAGCAAGAUCCUGGAGCAAGGAGAAGAGUUUGCUGCUAACGAAGUUGUUCGAAUCACAAAACUGAUCGAGAAGAAUAAAAUGAGCGAUGGGAAAAAGGAAGAGCUCCAGAAAAGCCUCAAUAUCCUGGCUUCGUUCCUGAAGAAGAACAAUGAUAAAGAUGAGCUCUGAUAUGUUGGGGAGCUUUGUGCAAGCUGUGAAACACUGUCAAGUCUUAAGCAGUUCUCCCAGUGCAAGCAAACUUCCCACUGACUUCAAGAGAGCAGCAGACACCAUUGGAUCCUCAGUUAUAAGAUAAGAGGAAGCAAUGCCUCAAAAACACAGUAUUUACAUGUUGGGAAAACCACCUUAAAGCAAGCUGCCAGUAUUGUGAAAUCCUAUUAAAUAACAGUGUUAAAGUAGAUCCCAAAUCACUCUAUUGGCCUGGAGCACAUUCCUGGUGGUUUUUUACAGCUGUUCCCCAGCAAAGCAAUGACAAAACUCAGUCUCACAUUCCAUGUUUCUAAUGGUACAGAGGCGUUGCCCCUGCCAUACCCACCUGUCCCUGCUUUCAUUGCUUUUGGGUUUUGUCCUGCUCACCCCCAUCCCACCCUCAUUCUCCCCCCUUAGUGCUGUCCUUACCUGCUGCUGACCGAGAGCUGCCGUUUCCAUCUGCCUUCUCCAGAAGCUGUUGGGUUCAAUCUGCACAUCACAGCUUGUUCUACAGCAGAACCCCUUUGCGGUACCUGGUCUGAGCACUGAGGUCUCCUCCAGCUGCAGUUACUCUUGAGCCUCACCCAUUUAUACUUCUUUUUUUCAGUAUUCAGAUUCAAUUCAGGUGAGUUUCCCCAUGGCUCCAAUGCAUUUUUUUGACCUUCCUAUCCAAGCUUCACCUCAUGAAUAAGAGCAGGAGGCAAAAAGUGAUAUUUAAAAGUUCCAAGCAGUUGCUAACAUGCAGAAAAUGCUUUUUCCAGCCUGAUCUCCAGAACGACACUGUGAAACUAAAGCUUCAGCAGCCCUUGGCAGAGUUAAAACUGUUUAAAAACGAGGUCUUGCAACAACAAAAAAGUGUUAAUUCCCAUACAAGCUUUAUCAGGCUCACAAACACCUUCCCAGUUUCACCUUGAGACUGCGCUUUCUGCUCAGCAAAUCGAUUUCUGUGGGAGCUUUUGCUGCCUUUUGAAUCCUGGGGUGGGGAUGAAGAGCUGCCGGAUGAAAUGUAUUAAUAUUGUUCUAAUAAUAAUAAUAAAAACCCGUUCCAACAAA